CCAGGCAGGCGCUGGCUGCAAUUAAACCACGUAAAGGCCAUUCGUGUAACCAAUUCCACUGGGAACGUUCAGCACUCCCUGCGGCCUUCAAUCGAUUGCGAAAUUGCAAUUGGAAGAGAACAACCGCUUCGAUGGUGCAAAAAUGUGAAACAGUUUGGCCAGCGACAUGGAGCUGUCCAGUGCUGGGUUUCAUGUGCUCCACAUCCUGGCACUGCUCCAGGUGCAGGUUGCUGCUUGGCCCGUCGAAGAGUCGCCGCAUCUGCCGUUGGUUAGGAAGAUUACCGAUGUGCUGCAUCGCAUUCGCGUGAACACUUGUGCCGCCCACAAUCUGAGAGUUUUCAUCAGCACGGACUAUGAGCAUCUGGACGAGAAGGAGGCGACUCUGGUGCGCUGUGUGCUGGACUACAGUCUGAGUCGUGAGGAGCUGCCCGUGGUGUUGGCCUCACAGCUCAGCCCCGAGCUGAGUGUCCGUGUCCGACUGCAGCUGCUCUUUGUCCAGAGUCCAGCGCAGGCAAUAGCUGCCUGUUCUGCCUUGGAGAUCAAGGGCAUGUACCUGAUUGUGUGGCUCACAUCGCAGCCGGAGGUGAGUGUGCAGCGGAGCGGCAUGUCCCAGAUAUUUGCCCACUUUCUGCAUCGUUUGUACAACUUGAAUGUGCUGCUGCUGCUGGCCCACAUGGAGAGAUCGACGCUGCAGCCAUUUGCCUUUCUGCCAUACACAGCCGGCAGCUGUGCCAACACUGAGCCCGUGGAGCUGCCCCAACGGGAGUGGCGUCUUCGCGAGAUGUUCCCCUAUCGACUGAGUAACAUGCAUGGCUGUCCGCUGAGCGUGAUUGUGUGGCCAAUAGCGCCGUACAUGAACCUACACUGGGAGCAGCCUCGAGGCGUAGAUCAAGUCGAUGGCCUCGAUGGAUUGCUGCUGAGGAUAAUGGCGAGCAGAAUGAACUUUACCAUUCAGCUGUUGCCCAACGAACCGCCCGAGCUGGUUGGUGGCUCCAGCUACCUAAAUGGCACCAUGACCGGCGCCUAUCGCAUGCUCUUAGAUCGUCGGGCAAAUCUCACAUUGAGCUCGGCCGUCACGGGCACCAUUGACGAUUUGCCGCCAGUCUUGCAGUUUGUUGGCUUCAAUGAGGCCUGCCAGCCAGCGGCUGCCUGGCAGACUGUGGACAAGUCCUUUCAGCUGAAUUACAACCCAAAGCCAUUGUUGGAUCUGCUGGAGAACAGGCUGUGGCGCACCUGCAUUUACAAGGUAAAGCACGAGCUGGGCAUUCCUUCGCAAACGGAAGUUGUCCAUCGCCAGGAGCUAAGCAAUGUGGAAGCCUUGUACUAUCGUGAGGAGCACAUCAAGUGCCACAAUAAAAUUUUCGAUUUGUGCAAAUUGGAAUUUUGUGUCAGCUCCUACUAGUGUCGAUAAAUUAUCGAUGUAUCGAUAGUGCGUGUUCUUCUUCCACUAACGAUUAUAGCCUUUUCCGUAUCGCAUAAAAUUGGCUAAUUAUCGCCAAAAACAAACAAAUAAUUAUGGGAAGCUGUCAUUGUGGUUGACUUAACUCUCAAUAGGCUUAAGCCGACCUCACUUAUUUCUUAUUUUUUUUAAUAAUUUGAGAAAAAAAAAUUGA